GAUUGGGACCCUCCUGAUUGAUCCGCGCCAUGAAGCGGAAAGUGAACUCACAUUUGCUCGAUUCCUCCAGGUUCCCCAAACGCACCCCCAGACAAGACCCCGUGUCGUGCGAGUCUUGCCGCCUCAAGAAGAUCAAAUGCGACCGUCAACAGCCAUGCAGCAGUUGCUUGGCGCGCCAAUUGGACUGCAUUUAUGGCAGACCAGCAAUCGCGAGGGCGCCGCAACCUAGGCCCCCAGCUGUCGUAGAACGUGGCAUGCACCCAAAUCUUGAUAGCCCAGUGGUGACUACGGACAGGUCCUCUCGGCCUCACGCAAGCCCAUCGGCUCCAUACAAUAGAGAGUCACUACGGACCGCAGACUGGCUGGAAAAUAUCCACCUGGCUGAACGGGUCUCAACAGCAACCCCGAAAUGGCUUCGAGAUGGGCUGGGUGAUCCGGCGAGAAGACGCAGCUCCAGCGUGAAUCUAGAGGCCGGUCCAAAGCCACUGCUUUCAAUGCCAUACAUGAGCCGCUCCGCCAUCGAUGAGAAUCCAGCAUCAGUCAACCUGGUCUCGUUUCUUCCCACAAAGGCAGAGGCAUUGGGCCUCUUCCGAUAUUAUCACCACUAUGUGGACUACCUUUAUCAUAUUUUAAUUCCGAAACGCGUCGAGGGCCUUAUGAAUGGAAUCUACCACUGUAUCGACAACGGUUCGCCCGUGGAGCUCAACCACCUGGCGCUGCUGUUCAGCAUUCUGGCCAGUUCUCUCUGUCUACAGAUGGCUUUGGAGGCUCCCGGUGAUGCGGAAGCCCGUAGCCAGGAAUUUGUCUACUUGACAGGAGCAGCCUUAAUCCAGAGCCACUACACUGCAUCACCAACAUUGGAGGGCCUACAGGCCACCAUGGUCGUGAUGCACAAUGUCUCUAACUGGAAGAUUCCUUCAUUAGUCAAUGGUCUCUUUGUUCACGGUGCAAUUGUGAGUCAGGCAAAAAGUCUCAUGCUUCAUUGCGUCGACUCGCCAAGUUUUCGGAACGAAAGGGAUGGGAGUACAUACGAUGCAGUAGAGCUGGAAUUGAAGAGACGUCUCUGGUGGGAUCUGGCGUCCUACGAUUGGCUAAUGGGAUUUCUUACCGGUCCUCAAGAAUGGACAUAUCUCAUACAUCCAGAACACAUGAACGUCAACAAACCUACUAACAUCGAUGACGAUGCGAUUGGAACGCAUGGAGUGGUCACGCUGCCAAGCUCGACGCCAACCGAUAUGUCGUUUUUUCUCCAACGUCUCAAGCUGGCUUUCGUCAGUCGGGAUGUAGUAGAUGCAACUUCAUAUGAGCAUCUACAUGGUUUGGAGAUAAGCUAUGACAAAAUCCUGGAGCUGGACCGAAAAUUCCAUGAAGCGCUCGCGGAAAUCCCUGAAUUUUUUCGUCUCGAUGCAGCUUCCAGACGACGGUUUGCUUCCGUCUACGAAGAGCGUCCGACCAUUGCAUGGCAGUGCUGUCUCCUGCAGCAGGGCUUCUAUUCCCGGUUGUGUCGUCUGCAUCGAGACUUUUUCAUUCGGGGGGCUCGCGAACCGGCGUAUUCUUAUUCCCAUGUCAUCUGCCUCCAGUCCGCCCGUAAGGUGCUCGAAAUCAAGCGGAUCAUGGACGGAAACGAACCAAACCAUACUCCUCCCAACUCUGUGGUCUGGUCUGUGAUGCAUCAUGUGUUCGCGGCCGCCGUGAUCCUGUUGUUAGAUGUUUGUUUCAAUUGGGAUGAUAUUCUGGCCGAGAAGCGGAAGGAAGAAGUGCUUGAUGCCUGUCGCAUGCUGAGCAAGGCGCAAGAGUCGUCUUCUCUGGUAAGAGAGGGAAUCAACGGGAUGAUGAGCGUCCUCCAAAAGCAUUGGAAGCACUCUUUAGUUCCGCGGGGAGAAAACCCGUCAAAUAGUGCAAUAGAAGCAGCUCCUUCUCUCCAAGGUACUUCACAGGCUUUCCUUGCCGACUCGACGGCUGCAUUGAAUGAUGACGCGCCAGAGCUCCCAGCGGCUACUUUUGACAGCAUCGGCGGUAAGCAGUUGGAGGAUAUCUGGUCGGAAAUGCUCAACACUGGGAAUGAUCUCACCCUGGAGGCGGCAGAUUGGACAGAGUUGCUGAAUGAGUUGACCGACCCUGAUCUGCCUCGUGGAUGAUGCAAUGUUCAUAAGCGGUGCUCGGGACCUCUGGUCGGCUGCUAGGCCUACGCCAAGCUGCAUCACGAGGAAGGUGUAGAACACUCUUACACAAAUCUACGAAAAGGUCUUUGAAGGAAAUGUGGAGGGCUCGGAAGCAAAAUCUGGAAUGUCAUUAGAGAAACAUGAUAGAAAAGCACAUUGCCCAGAUCCCUUAUUCGAUCGUGACAUUAACCUUG